ACUGGCAAGGUAGCAAGAGAAUUACCAAUGCCUCAUGACAAAGUAUAUUCACCCAGACACGACUUGUUCCGAACCCGGAACCAGUGACGGCAUGCGGCGCGUGAAGUCAUUGAUGGUUAGCGCCAAAUCCCUUCAGCCCUACAGCUUGACCCUGUAAGCGCAUGAAGCCUGGACUCGUUCCGCUCUAUAUCAGCCUCCAGGGUCCACGCCGCCCUCGCUCCUUACCCUCGACAGCCACAAGAGAUGCUCGUAGCCGUCUCUAUACUUGCCCUGUCACUGUCAUUCCUGGUCUACCAGCGCCCGCCCUCGACAUGGCUCGCCUUCCUUACUCGCCUCACACAGUCUGCCGCGCCCUCGAUACCUGAGAAGUCGCAGCAUGGCGAGACAGACGACAACACCCCGGCUGCACACCAACGCAUAGAGCUGCACACCCCGACGACACAGGACGACGUCGAGACUACCCCAAAAGCUGCUCCCGCAUCCGACCAAGAUGCGCCCGCUGUACCCACCUUCACGCUCAACGAGCAUGAGAGCUCCGACGAAGACGAAGAAGACAACCUGCCACCACCUUCCUUCCCGGCCAUGAACUCGGCACAGAGAGCCUCGAAGCCCCCUUCGCUAUCCACCAUGCCCCCACCGUCCGCUAUGCCUCCACCCGGCAAGCCAAACCUCAUGGCCCCGCCACAAAAACCCACAACUUCCCUCAUGCCACCCCCAAAAGUCGCAGCUUCAAACCUCCGUGCCCUUCCCAACACCUCCUCGCAGUCGAUGCGCGUACCCACAACCGGCCCUCUUCCGAACCGCGGUCCACUACCGAAUCGCGGUCCACCAACUUCAAACGGCAGCCUGGGGCUUCCACCCACCGCAGGCCCCACACUCAAGACGCCAAACGCCAGAGGCAAGGUACUCCUGUCGCCAGGUCACUCUCCACUGGACUGGGCUUAUCUGCAAAAGUCAGGCAAGAACUUGUCGGGCGUUGAUUCGAUGAUACGCGUUACGCCUGCUAUGCUCAAAGAGAAGAAUGGACGCAAGGGUAAACCGGCUUGGUCAAGCUAUCAGGGCAAGGUAUACAACAUCUCGCCCUAUUUGCCCUUUCACCCUGGUGGAGAGGGUGAGCUGAGACGAGCAGCGGGCAAAGACGGGACCAAGCUGUUUAUGGAAGUUCACCCGUGGGUGAAUUGGGAGAAUAUGUUGGGUGAAUGUAUGGUGGGCAUCAUGGUUAGCGAGGAGCAAGCGCCAAGUGAUUCUGGCGGUCUUGAGGAUAUGGAUUGAGCUAUUAUGCGUGGAUGGAGAAGUGGUGAGAAAGUGGUGUACAAAUAGAAUCCGGGAUUUUGAUUGAGGCAUGAUACCCUAUAGACGAAAGCAUUGGACUGCGUCGAUACGAGUCCAUCAGUUCAGUUCACGCUCACCGAAUACCUCUGUGUUUGCCA